AUGGAUGGAAGCAAAGAACAUCUUAUAAUUGAUUAUGAUAAAGUUGUGGGAAGUAAUACUACUAAUAAAGGUAAUUAUAUUUACUUAAAUGAUGAGAUAGAUGAUCAGGAAGAUAGAAAUAUCAAAAUUUAUUUAGAAAAAAGAAAAAAUAAUAUUGGUGAUAAAGAAUAUGAAGAUGAUUAUUAUGAAACAUGA